CUAACGCUGCGAGAUCAGUUCGUUUUCAGACAGCGUGCUGGUCAGUGUUUCGACGACGUUUAUUACGAAUUCCCACGAUUAAUCAAGUACACGUAUUCACUGAUAAUCUCUCUCUCCGUCGAACGCGCAAACCCAUAUUUGCAUAACCUAUAAUCAUCGAACGCGCGAAUAUAUCUACGCGAAACGAUUGUCAGCCGCAUGAGCCGCGAAGCAAUCGUGGAACGACGUGCACUGGCCGACGAUACGAUCAUACGAUCUGCGAACACAGUCGAACAAACGAGAAUGCAACGACAACGAGAUAGCGAGCACACAUAGAGUGACCAGCUGUUCGAGCUGACUGACGAUCGAACGGGAUCGUUUAAAUUAAACGGAUCAGCGGCGUCGAUCGCGAACGAACGACAACGGAGAAACGAACGUGUUCUCGCGUUCAGGGAUACAGAGGAGAUCGAACGAAAUUUGAACGGCCAACCGAUUGCUGGCUCGAGUCAUAUUCUACGCAGAAUCGUGUUGAGAUUCUUUAUUAAACGAGCGUAGUGGUUCGCACGCACAGUGCAUCGCUGCGUGUCUCUCUGUGUACAUGUGCGUACGCGUGUAUACGAGGUUCGCGUGGUAGUUUUCCUUCGUCCGAGGCGAGAGCGGGAAAAGGCCGAUCUUCGGUGCUCGAGUCAUUGAUUCAUUACAAACAUGUGGCAUCCGUCGAGAACGACACCGAUGGAGAGCUAUGUUCCAGAGAACGAGCAAGGAAAAUUCAAGGAGCAGCGUGAUUCGGGUCACAUUGAUUCCGGAUUCCUAUCCAGCGGGAACCUGCAAGUGAGCUCCGAGAUCUGCGAGCAGGAAUCCUCAAGUGCUGUAACAACCGCACCCGUCGUACCGGAACCAAUGAGGGCAGACAGCGGCGUGGAUCUUGGGUUGAGCGAGAGCCUGAGCCAGCUCACGUUGAAGCAGGUCACGUUGAAUCCUUUGGCGAGCGGCAAGAUCCAAGCCGAACCAACCGUCGAAUUGACUCCGGUCAGGUCCGAGAAACUCGAGCAACGCGAUGACGACUCUGCGUUGCGACUGGACUCGGAUACGGAGAAACCGUUCAACGAGGAACCUUGGCAGCUCUAUUAUACACAGGACGACGACGGUGACACGCAACUGCAUAUAGCCAUAGUGCAGGGCUUUUUGGAGGCCGCGUUCAGUUUGAUACGGAUGGCACCGCACUGGUGUCUCUUGAAUAUAUUGAACGACGACGGUCAGUCCCCGCUGCACCUUGCAGUUUUGACGCGGCAGCCGCGGAUCGUUAGACGGCUAAUUUUGGCAGGUGCAAGCCCGUCGUUAAGGAAUUUCCGUGGAAACACGGCUCUGCAUUUAGCCUGCGCGACCGGCGAUUUCGCCUCGGCGAAAGCACUUACGGACCCUUUGACACCUGUGGAGAGGAACUACCUUCAUCACGGAAAGAAAAUGCCUGCCUUGCCGCAGAAUCUUGAGCAACGGAACUACGACGGAGAAAUGUGCUUGCACAUUGCAGCCGCGCACGGAUACGUAGAGCUGGUACGUCUUCUUCUGCGCCUCGGAGCGGAUCUUGAAGCUAGAGAAGCGUUGGCGGGAAAGACGGCCCUUCACCUCGCCGUGGAACGUGGGUGUCGAUCGGUGGUCGCGUUUCUCCUUAAGGAAUGCAGGCCUCGCCUGGACACGCAGACCUACGCCGGGAUCACCGCGUACCAGCUGGCCCUGUGCUUCGACACUCAGCUCGCGAGAGAGCUAGUGAGAUUGGGCGCGACGCCGGAACCGCUUCCGGAAUCGGAUUCCGACAGCAGCGACGAAGACGAUAGCAACUAUUUACCCGCGAUCGCGAGACUCAGACAGCAGAACGCUGUCGGCGUAAAAGUGUAGGAGCAUCUAUCGAUCUAAUCUCGAUCUGACAGACGUAUCAGUUUCUUGAUCGUCGAUCGAUGUCUAUCGCUUAAUCGAUUAGGGUAUUUGCCGAAAAAUUCGCCACACCGAACGGCAUAUACACGUUCCACGUGUAUCAUAUCGUUCGGUCAAUUAAAGGUAUUUAACGCGUGUCGCGACGUGGGUAUCCAUAGACAUUAGAACGAAAGAGAAAACGAUGAUCCGAACUCCGUCGAAUACAAGUAUUAAUUAUAUUAAAACGAAUAUGUUUUACUUGUUUGAAACUAACUAGCAAGAUCAGUGUAAAACGUAUUGUAACAGCGACAAAGUAUAGAAAGAAUAUACGAAAGAAAUACGAGCAGAGACACUGAGAGCAAAUAGGAUUAAGGAGUCUUUUUGAUGUAAAUGUGCCUCUAUGAGGAUUUAUCGUUAAAUUUCGAUCAACGAAUGUUUCGAUUGCACGCUGGCCGCAAGGGAUUCAUAUUUACGCUCGAAGGACCGCGGGAUCUCGUAUUGUAAAUAUAAAGCUUUCUUCGUCCUGUUCAAGCUGCCUGAGAACGCAUGGACGUUCGUACGCCUCGAAGUGUUUUAAUCUGACAUAUAAAGGAUCAUCUGAUAGUGAAACCUGAUAUGAAGAAAUCUGAUAGUAAAAUAGUACGUGACGGAACAAUCAGAAUUUGAUUGUUCGUCACAAGAUGUACAUACGUAUAUAUACAUAUUUAUAUUAGAUAAGUUAAAAGAUCGAAAUAAUAUGAAUAGGAUUAUUUAUCGAGAAACGUCGUUCACUUGGCUCGGGGUACUCUCGUACGUUUAAUAUGUGAACAAUUCGCAAAAUGUCCUCGUUUCUCCUUCUCCCUGUGUUGUACAUAGUCAUAUUUGCCUAGUAUCUUAAACGUGUCGUGUUUUUUACGGCACUACCGAUAAUAGAACAAGAUAACGUUGUUACAUAACGUACGUAAUUAUUUUUUUAGUAAUAAACGAUCAUAUGAAAUGUA